GUCAAGGGAAUUAUUGGAGAAUCCAUGUUCCUUACCCACUUUGUCUGUUCUGCUGUUCUGGAAGCGAGAAAGGUGCAGUGAGGUCGAACGAUGUCACCCCAGCUGCCGAUUAGACCAGGAUUGAACAAGGAUAGGCCAGAAUGCAAACUGUCGAAUAGAAGGUCUUUCCUGAUCCGCGUGGUCCAUUUCAGCUUCAACGUGCAGGCACAUGGUCUCGCGUGGCUCGGAGACAUGCACUGCUUCUCUCUUGCCGAAGCCUAUAAAUAUACGACUAGAAGUCCUUCCCCAAUGUUUUGACUGAGCGCUGAUCAUUCUCUCAUCUACCACCCUUUCCUUGGUGAUCGUCAAGAUACUUCGUCUUGGAGGAAAUCAAGUCACAAUGAAGUCUUCCGCCGCCACUUUGCUUGCAGCCGCUUCCGUGGCGUACGCCCAGCUCGCCAACGUCUCUGAGCCUUCUCUAACGGAGAUCGAGAAGGCCGCGGCCACAAUCGAGCCAUACUCCCCCGUCUCCAAUGUCGAGGGUCUUGUCUUCAAUCGCUUCUAUCAGAUCUGGCUUGAGAACAUUGACUACGAGGAUGCUGCUGCGGACGAGAACGUGCAAUGGCUGGCUUCGCAAGGUAUCACACUGACCAAUUUCUACGCAGUCACCCAUCCUUCCGAGCCAAAUUACUGUGCCUCGGCCUCUGGCGACACCUUUGGCAUGGACAACGAUGACUUCCAGCAAAUUCCGGCCAACGUUUCUACUGUCGCUGAUUUGCUGGACACGAAGAACAUUGCUUGGGGUGAAUAUCAGGAGCACCUCCCUUAUCCUGGCUUCCAAGGGUAUAAUUACUCUAAUCAAGUCACCUAUGCCAAUGACUACGUGCGAAAGCACAACCCUUUGAUUCUGUUCGACUCGAUUGCCCAGAAUAGCACUCGCUUGCGUCAGAUCAAGAACUUCACCAGCUUUGAAGAUGACUUGGCCAACAAGAAGCUACCUCAGUGGGCCUUUAUCACUCCCAACAUGACUGACGACGCUCACGACACAAACAUCACCUUUGCUGCUCAGUGGGAGCGUAGCUGGGUGCCUCCGUUGCUGAACAACUCCUACUUCAUGAACGAUACCUUGUUGCUCCUCACCUUUGAUGAGGACAAGACCUACCCCAAGGGAAACAAAAUCUUCAGUAUUUUGUUGGGUGGUGUGAUUCCCGACAACCUAAAGGGCACUAAGGACGACACCUUCUACACCCACUACUCCGUCAUUGCAUCCGUCUCGGCCAACUGGGGAUUGCCUUCCCUUGGGCGCUGGGACUGUGGCGCCAACAUUCUCGAAAUAGUGGCCAACAAGACUGGUUACGUUAACUACGAUGUUGACACCACUAAUCUCCACCUUAACGAGACCUACCCUGGCCCGCUCUCUGAUAGUGAUUAUUCGGAGUACUCUUCUGCGUGGCCAGUCCCUUUGACUAAUGGUACUUGCUCGGCUGGCCAUGGUAUUCUUGACAUUGUGAAGAAGAACUUUGCCAACACUGAGCCUACUUACAACUACACCAGCCCUUUCCCGUACGACACCAAAUCCAAGUAUAAUGUCGACGUCACCGCCACCAGGAAGCAGAACAGCUCCAACUCCUCUACCUCUUCUUCUGCUUCAUCAUCUGCUGUUGCCAACACUGGUAACCCUAUGAUGUUGCCUGGGGUUGCCACUCUUUCGGGUGCCGUUGUGGCUCUGCUGAUGAGCAUUCUGUGAGUGAAGUGCGAUUCUCUUGGACUGGAUCGAGAUGGAGAGGAAUAUAAGGUUCAUCCUUACGCAUAAAAAAGGUGGAUGACUAGGGUUAGCAUUUAAUGUACGUUAUGACUGGG